GGGCCGGCCUCUGCGUCUGAGAAAAAAAAAACUCCUCCAGAAGUGAGUAUCAAUCAGAGAGAAGUUAAGGGCACAGAAAGAGAAAAAGAAAGAGACGGAGUGGAAGGACGGAGAGACGCGUAAAGCGGCAGAUCGCAUCAAAACUAUCAAUCCUCCCGGACUUGAUCCCGCGCGCAGCCAGGAUGGCACAGUCUGCCUUCAAAAGUUUGACGCGGCGUUUCUAGUCACAGUUGGGAUUACUUUGGACACUCGGUGAGUUUGCGCCUCGCUGUAAACACUGACGUGUGCACUUUUCAUUGUUUUGCUUGACUGCAUUGGACGGACCGAGUGGGUUCUUCGCCGCGUCCCCCCUUCGGGUGGAUUUGAGAGAAAUGAGUGAGAGGAGACGAUCUGCCGCAGCUCUGAGCUCUAGAGCCCACGCUUUUUCCGUGGAAGCCCUGAUCGGCUCCAACAAGAAAAGGAAGCUCCGGGGCUGGGAGGAGAAGGAGCUGGAGUUGUCCAUGGAGAGCCUCGCCACGGACGGAGAGGAUCCGGCGCACUGUCUGGAUAUGGACCCGGACUCAGAGGCGAGCCCCGGCUCGGACGGAGAAGGUCUGGCCGAGAGGACGUCGUGUUCCUUCGGCUCACCUGCCGAGCUGGCCCCCGGCCCCUGUGACCCGUCUCCCCCGGCCUCUAUGGAGGAGAUCCAGGUGGAGCUGCAGUGCGCAGACCUGUGGAAGCGCUUCCAUGACAUCGGCACGGAGAUGAUCAUCACUAAGGCGGGCAGGAGGAUGUUUCCUGCGAUGCGGGUAAAGAUCGCCGGCCUGGACCCUCACCAGCAGUAUUACAUCGCCAUGGACAUCGUGCCCGUGGACAACAAGAGAUACAGGUAUGUGUAUCACAGCUCCAAGUGGAUGGUGGCAGGGAACGCAGACUCCCCGGUGCCCCCCCGGGCCUACAUCCACCCGGACUCUCUCGCCUCAGGGGACACCUGGAUGAGACAGGUGGUCAGCUUCGACAAACUCAAGCUCACCAACAACGAGCUGGACGAUCAGGGACAUAUUAUCCUCCACUCCAUGCACAAGUACCAGCCUCGCGUCCACGUCAUCAGGAAGGACUUCAGCAGCGAACUGUCUCAGAACAAGCCGGUGCCGAGCGGGGAGGGGGUCAAGACCUUCAGCUUCCCCGAGACCGUCUUCACCACGGUCACCGCCUACCAGAACCAGCAGAUCACCAGACUAAAGAUCGACCGCAACCCGUUUGCUAAAGGAUUCCGGGACUCGGGCAGAAACAGGACCGGCCUGGAGGCCAUCAUGGAGACGUACGCUUUCUGGAGACCUCCAGUCAGGACCCUCACGUUUGAGGACUUCACCAACAUGCAGAAACAGCAAGGUGGCAGCACCGGCACGUCUCCCACCACCUCCAGCACAGGAACCCCGUCUCCUUCCAGUGCGGCGCACCUCCUCUCCCCCUCCUGCUCCCCUCCGACCUUCCACCUGGCUCCGAACACCUUCAAUGUGGGCUGCAGGGAAAGCCAGCUCUGCAACCUGGGCCUGUCGGAGUACCCGGCCUGCGCCCGCAGCAACAUGGCCGCCCUGCAGGGCUACGGGGGCCUGGCCGACAGCUCCUACGGACGCCUCCAGGCUGCGGGGGGCGCCGUGGCCUCCGGUCAGCCCUCCGAAUCCUUCUUGCCGCAGAGGACUUCCUCCCUGAUCGCCGCCGGCAUGCAGGGCAGCCCUCACGCCUCCCUGACAAACAGCGGCGGCGGCGGCGCCGGCGCCGGGGGGAAGAUGGAUGCCUACAGCGGUCAGCUGGGCUCGUUCCCAGCCUCUCAGCUCCAGUACGUGAUGCAGGCGGGCGGCAGCUCCGGCUCCGCCUCGUCAUCCUCGUCCGGAUCCUCUCCCUCCUCCGCCCACAUGUUCAGCGGAAGCCACCACCACGUGCAGCAGGGCUCCUACAACGCUUUCUCCCUCCACAACCCUUACAACCUGUACGGAUACAACUUCCCCACUUCUCCCCGCCUGGCCGCCAGCCCCGAGAAGCCCCAGGGGGGUUUGCUGUGCUCCUCCGCCCCCGCGGGGGCCUUCGCCGAGCGCCAGUACUUGUCCAACGGAAGCAUGGACACUAUGCACAUGAUUGGCAACGCCACCGGCGGCCAGCAGAGCAGCGGCUCGUGCGACGGACGGCAGUACGGCUCCUCCUCUCAGAUGUCCAUGCACAUGGUGUAGGAGCCGGGACGGGACCUUAGCAGGGCUCCGUGUUUUUUUUAAAGUCUUUCGGCUGAAAAAGCAGGUUUGGUGUUGAACAUGAAGUGUUAAUAUACUGAGGUACGAAAGAAACCUUUUCGGGAAAAAAAAGGACGUCAUCUCAUGUUUUUGCCUUUAAAGGUGCUCCACCAGAAUUAUAGUGGAAUCCAAAGCUAUUAUUUAAUUAUCUUUGUAUUAAUAAAGAAACAUAGAGACACCAAAGUCAAAUCAGUGCGAGGAGGAGGAGGAGGAGUGCACGUGCUCUGGUUCAGAAGGGAUUAUCAGUUAUGGUGCAAUAGAAGCGACGGCCUCAUUACCGAGGACUCUAAGGCCAAUCCGGUCUUCCCGCCGUCCUGUAACCAAAGAAUCUUCACUGUGAGCCAGAAGUUUUUUACUUCACGCAGCACUUGUGCCACAUUGGUUUAGGAAUGUCAAGGGGUCAGGGGACCGCCGUCACGGUAUGACGUUUUGGCUGGAACGAAAAGGGACAACUGGACAAGAUCACUGAAUGACUCACUGCUCCAAAUACAUGCAGGAGACGAAGCAUCUGGACGCUGUGGCGGCCGGCGUCCGUGCCAAAUAGCGAAUACAUGUGGAUGCAGUAACUCUGUCUUCAUCCCGAGAACUCCAGCUCGACAUGACAGUUCAGGACUCCACCACGAAAAAAACUCCAUCGACCUGUUUUCCUCUGAGACUGGAAUGGCUUCACUAUGUUUGAGUGGAUUAUGUUUUUAAGUAUAAAGAUGGCGAAUGCAAUCAAUAACAUAAGCUUACAAGUUGUUGUGUGAAAAGUUAUAAAGUAUGCAAUAGCAAAAACAGAGUAAAGUAUGUUGUGGUGUGUGUCUUAGAGAUGUGUAUUGUAUUUAAGCGAUAUAGCAAUUUUGCAGCAGGCCGAUCUGUUAUAAAAAAAAAAAAUGUGUGGAAAAAGAGGAAAUAACAAAGUAAUUCUUUUUUUUUUUUUUUUUUUGAGGCAUUUUGAAAAAAUGUAAAUACAGGUGCCAAGCACGUAAAAAGUUCAAUAAACGUUUUAAUUCAUGUA